AUGGCGAGCUUGGUUCCCAAUGUCUGGGCUGCCAUCGUCGUUCCCGUGCCGGCGUCCACGGUGGCCCUCGCCCUGCGGCUCAAGGCGAGGCGGAUGACGAGGAUGGGCAUGGGGCGUGAUGACUGUUUCGCCGUCGCGGCCUGGAUCCUGGCCGUCGGCUACACGAUUGACCUCGUUGUGUGGGCAUCGUGCUUCAAGCUCGGCCAGCCCAUCGGAUCCUACAGCGAGCAGGCCAUCGCGUACAUCACGGAAAAGUCGACGCUGAUCCUGUGGACGAGCGAGUUCCUGUACUCCUGGUCCAUCGUCUGCGCCAAGCUCGCCGUCCUCUGCUUCUACCGCCGCGUCUUCCGAUUCUCCUCGAUCCGGAUUCCCAUCGUCAUGCUCAUGACCGCAUGCUGCAUCUGGAUCGCGAUACGCACCUUCUUCACCAUAUUCCACUGUGUGCCGACGCAGGCCUUCUGGGACAAGACCAUCCCGAGCCCCAAAUGCAUCACCAACGUCCGGGCCUUUUAUCUCGGCACCGAUGCCACCCACUCCUCCAUGGACUUCAUCAUCCUGGCUCUGCCCAUCUACGAAGUCGUGCGGAUGAAGCUCCCGACCGCCCAAAAGAUUGCCGUCACCGGCCUCUUCGCCGCCGGAUCCCUCGUCGGCAUUGCCUCCGUCUUCCAAAUCGUCGAGUCUCAGCGCUACGAUCCCCACGAGCUGCCGUAUGACCUGGCGCUGUGCAUGGUCUGGGGCGGCGUCGAGCUCCAUCUGGCCGUCUUCAUAGGUAUUUCAAACGCAAAACGAACGUCGCUCCCGUCCCGCUCACCAGUCCAUGCAGGCUCCCUCAUCCUUCUGCGGCCAAUAUUUAUCAAGUUCAUCCCCGGUCUGGCCUCCCAGGCCAGCAAGGCCGCCAGCCGCCCGACCCGCUCGAGCAAUGCCCUCCAGGCCGGCGAGGGUCUCAGACGGCCCAGCAACCCGUCCGGAGACGCCGAUCCCGAGGCCGUAGGUCCAACCGUCAGCGCCGGGACGCGGGCCAGCUCGCUAGCCCUCAAGGGGCACACUUCCGGCUUGACGCCCAUCUGUGUUCAUCACGAGGAGUACGAGGUGGAAAGCUUGCCAGACGCUCAAGACAAUGAUUCAAGGUGCUCGGCGAGUACCGAUUCGGUGACGUGA